AUGGCCAUACGCAGCAUUCCUCUUCUCAGACCUCUGCGGGCGAAAUCCUUUCAUUCCUCUGCCAGUUUCAAAGCACUAAGUGCUGUGGCUUUGCCCAAGGCCGAACAGAUCUCAGCUAACUGGAAAGGCACCAACGCCACGGGUGGGUCAACCAAGAACUUCAUUGGCGGAGAGUUUGUAGAGAGUAAAAGUAGCGAGUGGAUUGAUGUCCACGAUCCGUCUACUCAAACGCUACUUACUCGCGUUCCCCAAACCACCGAGUCUGAAUUUCAAGCUGCGGUUGAUGCUGCAUCGCAGGCUUUCAAGACAUGGAGCCGUACAAGCGUGAUUUCACGUCAAAGAUUCGUUCUUGAGCUGCAACACUUGAUCCGCCAAAACUCGGACGCCAUUGCCAAUAGUAUUGUGUUAGAGCAAGGCAAAACCAUAGCAGAUGCUCAUGGGGAUAUCCUCCGCGGUUUGCAAGUCGUCGAAACAGCAGCGGGAAUAACAUCGACGCUCCUUGGUGAUAAAAUUGAAGUCAGCAAAGACAUGGAUACCGAGGUUAGGAGAGUGCCAUUGGGUGUUUGUGCUAGCAUUGCACCGUUUAAUUUUCCUGCCAUGAUCCCUCUAUGGACUAUACCAAUGGCUGCAGUUACCGGAAAUACUCUCAUCUUGAAACCUUCAGAACGUGAUCCAGGUGCAGCUAUGAUGAUCGCAGAACUUUGCCAACGUGCUGGUCUUCCUGAUGGUGUCUUGAAUGUUGUCCAUGGCGGUGUACCUACCGUCAAUUCUAUAUGUGACGAUGCUGCUAUCAAAGCGAUCAGCUUUGUAGGAGGCGACCGCGCUGGAAAGCACAUAUACGAGAGGGGGACCCUGAACGGUAAACGAGUUCAGGCCAACCUUGGAGCGAAAAACCAUGCCAUUCUUAUGCCAGACGCGAAUAAGAAUCUUGCAAUUAACUCGAUCGUGGGGGCAGCCUUUGGAGCUGCUGGACAACGCUGUAUGGCUAUUUCUGUCGCGGUGAUCGUAGGAGACUCUUCUGCUUGGUUGCCUGGACUCGUGGAACGGGCCCAAUUGCUCAAAGUAAAUGGCGGUUUCGAACAGGGCGCUGAUCUAGGACCUCUCAUUUCCCCUGGAGCUAAGGCCAGGGUCACUGAGCUCAUAACCUCAGCUGAAGCAGAUGGCGGUAAGAUCAUUCUUGAUGGUCGCAACUUCAAGGCUCCAGAAUUGUACCCCUAUGGAAAUUUUGUGGGUCCAACAAUUAUUGUAGGCGACACAUCGAUGAAAUGCUACCAAACGGAAAUCUUUGGCCCGGUCUUGGUAGUUCUGCAAGCCAAUACCUUGGAUGAAGCAAUUGAAAUUAUCAACAACAACCGUUAUGGAAACGGAGCAGCAAUUUUCACGCAAUCCGGAGCUACUGCAAGGCGUUUUGAGACUGAGGUCAACGUUGGGCAAAUUGGGAUUAACGUCCCAAUUCCUGUCCCUCUGCCUAUGUUUGCCUGGAGUGGUAAUAAGGGAAGCUUCCUCGGUGACAUAGGAUUUUAUGGUAAAAGCGGUAUCAACUUCUAUACUCAAAAUAAGACAACGACCAGUCUAUGGAGAGCAGAAGAUGCAGUCGGCAACCGCGCUUCUGUCAACAUGCCAACUCAUAGCUAA